CACGACCCUUGCAAUGACACUUACUUCUCCAGUGUACAAUUAGAUCAUGAAUAUUAAUAUUUCAGUCUUUCUUUUUGUUAUAUUUCUCGGAAGGAUACAGGCACAUGGGGAGAAAAGGAUAUUGCUGAAUGAUCCAGACCUCAUCCACAGUCAGAUCCAGGCUCUGGAGAGCAAAUAUCAGGAUAUAUUGACAAAAUAUGCCGACCUAUCCACGAAAUACACAGACGUAUCUACGAAAUAUGCAGACUUGUCAAUGAAAUACACCGACGUAUCUACGAAAAAUACAGCCUUAGCCACAAAGUGUGCCGACUUGUCCGCACAUAAUGCCGACCUUGCUGUAAAGUAUCAUCAUCUUUCAGAGACCUCUAAUGCUGGUGGUGUAUUCAUCCGAUGGGGAAGAAAAGAAUGUCCUUCUAACCAGACUGAACUUGUGUAUUCAGGAUUCGCUGGUGGUUCCUGGUACAAUGACGAAGGUGGAGCCGCAGAAUAUGUAUGUCUCCCUCGAGAUCCAAACCUUGCGACAAAAUUUUCUGGUAAUCAUGCUAAAAUGUAUGGAUCGGAGUACAAUAGUUUAGGAGCACCAUUUGGUCUACACGACGGUGACGACGUUCCUUGUGCUGUUUGUAGAAGUUCCAGAGAGACAAGUGUCUUGAUGAUACCCGGUAAGAACAGUUGUUACACUGGAUGGGCAAUGCAGUACCACGGGUACCUUGUAGCUGGAUACUACGCUUAUAAAGGAGCAGGCCAGUAUAUUUGUUUAGAUGAACAUCCCGAAACACUCACCGCAGGUGGCCACAAUGAGGACGGAAAGUUGAUUUACCCUGUGCAGGCUGUCUGUGGAUCCCUCCCCUGCCCUCCAUACGAAAACGGCAAAUAUCUAACCUGUGCUGUUUGUGCAAAAUAAAUUUCAUGUAUGAAGAUGGA